AUGAUGAAUAAAAAAACCACAAUUUUUCGUAAAACAUCAUUUUCAUCACGAUCAUCAUUGGAGUUAACACCAAUGAUUUAUUUAUGUCGAUUUUGUCAACGAAACCGUUUAAUUGAAAUACCAAUAACAAGUGAAUAUUAUCAUCAACAAAAUGGAAUUUCACAUGAACAUCUUAAACAUUUAAUAAUGCAAGAAUUUCAAUUACAACACAUAACAAAAACAACAUUAAUUAUUCAAAUGUGGAAUGAGCAAUAUCAAGAAUAUAUUGACAUUGAAUCAUUUAAACGAAUACCAUUUGAAGGUCGUUUACAAGUACUUAUGUAA